AAUCCAGACGACGCGAAAGUCAAGAGCUAGGGCUAAAAAAUCGACGAGCUUGAAAACCACACGUGUUCAUACUACCGUAGCUACUGCAUUUAAGUUAACAGUUUAAAUUUAAAACAAAAAGAAAAAUGGCCAAGAAAUCAAAGCAGGUUAUCAAGGAAGAAGAAACCGAUGCCAUGGAAACAUCACAGGUCGAGGGAAAAUCAGACAAGAGUAGCUAUGAUGAGUUGAUGAAUCAUGUCAGCAUCAUUGCUAAACCAAUGGCUAGCAGGAAGCUCACUAAACGGAUCUAUAAACUUCUUAAGAAAGCUGCCCCACACAAGGGAUAUGUGAGAAACGGCCUCAAGGAUGUACAGAGAAGAAUUCGACUAGGUGAAAAAGGGUUGGUCAUUUUUGCUGGUGAUGUUACUCCUGUAGAUAUUAUGUGCCACAUGCCUGCAGUGUGUGAAGAAAAGAAUAUUCCUUACAUCUACACUCCAUCAAGACUUGAACUUGGUCAUUCUCUGGGACUGAAGCGAACAUCUUUGAUGGUGCUUAUCAAAGAACAUCCUGACUAUCAAACUUCUUUUGAUGAACUUGCUGCUGAACUUAAAACCAUCCCUCCUCAAUGUUAAUGAAUUCCUCUUUCAUCCAAGCUCCUUCAUCAGUCAUACUAAUUUGACAUUGAAAAUGAUUACACUUUUUCAGAAUUUG